AUGAAAGUGAAUCAGUCUUCGGUGGCCACUCUGGCCGCUUUUGUCAUUUCUUCGUGCUCUCUGGGCUGCUCGUGUAAUGGGAGUCCAGCACUUGCGACAGCGGCUGUGGAUUUCGUACCAGCUAUCAGCAGCCAGGCUAAUGGCAGCAACGCGGCAGCGAUGGUCUCCGGAACAGCCAUACCGGGCGAAGCGGAUCAGCAACACACACAAGUUGUUUUUCCUGUAAAGAGGUCGAGGAGGUACGGAUUACCUGCUGAGAUCUGA